AGAGGCGCUUCCUCACGGCAGAGUAAAGUAGAAGAUUGUUGUCUACGUCGCGCGUGAAGUUUUAAGAUAUCGACCUUGUGUUAUUUUCUCUUAUUAGCUGCUGGUGUCUCUUUCAGAUGCGGCGACAGUUUAUGGUGUAUUAACAACGACAGAUUAAACAAUGGAGAAUGGGCAAAGCCGCCUCCGUCAGGCCCAGGACGAUGUGGAGGAAAUCAAAGUUAUCAUGCUGGAUAACAUGAACAAGGCUGACGAGCGUGCGGGCAAACUCGGGGAGCUUGAGGACCGAGCUGAUAAACUACUUGAACAUAGCGAAAAAUUCUCAAAGACCUCGACUAAGGUGAAACAGAAGAAGCGUUGGGAAAAUAUUAAGUACAAAGUGAUAGUAGCAGCAGUUGUAGCUGCUGUGGUGCUUGGCAUUAUUGUGGCUGUGGCUAUAGCUGCGAGCGGUGGCAGUGGCGGUGAGGACAGUAAAAACACACCCGAAAACACAUCAGCAACAAAAGCCCCAUGAAAUGGCUAGAAGAUAAGCUGGCAGAGAAGGUGAAUGAACAUAAGUUGUGUCUGAAAUUCCUCAUAAUACCACCUUGAAAGUCUUUAUUCAAGUUCUUUUGUAAAAGUAAAGACAAGGAACGUUUUAUAGAUCGGUGAAUAUACAAGCUGAAUCUGUGAUGCUACUUUCUAUCAAGAUGAUGCUAAAAAAUAAUGUGGUGGGUGAUACAAAUGGUACCAUGGUCUCACUAUAAUUUCUUUUUUUAAUUUUUCAGUGGUAACACACAUAGUAUGUGGUAUUACACAGUUUACAUGCAUUCUUGUUGGACUAAACAUAUUUUUAGCCAUAUAUAAAUAUAUACAUGAUAAAUCAGUGACAAAUGCGGGUUAAAGUGUAGCAGGGAAAAUAUUUUAGACUGUGUCGACUUUGUCAGGGAGUAGAGCAUUGUUUUUUUUAAUCUUGUUCUUCAAAGAAAAACUUUCUUGAUUUUGUUUUUCAUCAGUGAAAGGCUUGUGUCAUGAUCUCGACAUUUUUCUGUGUGUUUGGCUUUUCUCAUAUUAGUUACAAUAUAAUGUAAUAUAAUUAUUACAGCCUUGGUACCCACAGCAGUGCACGUUUUGGAUGUCUCCCUUGUAUGACAGACCCAUUUCAACAAAAGAGCUGAUGAGUUUAAUCAGAUGUGUUUGAUUGUGGAAACAUAUAAAAUGUGCAUUACUGGGAGUAAUCCCAAUAAUUUGGGGCACACAUUCUGGGACUAUGGCACAUUUUUGCUAAAACGUAUCUAUAGGUUUUGAAAUGUAUUAUUAUUAGUAGUAUUACCAUAACAACCAUAGAAAUUGAGGAGGGCAUAUUCCCUCAGAAUUCAUGUUUGUCAGGGGAUUAUUUCUGUGAAUAUUUUAAAAUAUCCACUUCUUAAAAUGUGACAUUUUGGUCCCCCAUAAUCUUGAACAAUUCCAUCUUUAGUCAUUACAAUGUCAAAGCAGAUAAAUACUGUAAAAAUAGUCAUACAUUGAGAAUUUGCUGCUAAAACAGCUCUUUAUGUAUGUGUGUGUGUAUAUGAAUAAAUGUUCCUUAUGUAAA